AUGAUUUCAAACUUCACUCCUGCUGUGAAUGUGACCGCUUUGGGGAAAUUCGACGAAGACGAGGGCGAGGGCGACGAUAAGGACGAGGGCGAGGAUGUGGGCGAUGACAAGGACGAAGACGAGGACGAGGAUAAGGACGAAGGCGAGGGCGAGGACGAGGAAGAGGAUGAGGGCGAUGACAAGGACGAAGACAAGGAUGAGGACGAAGGAGAGAGUGAGGGCGAUGACAGGGACGAUGACGAGGGCGAGGGCGUGGACGAGGACGAGGACGAAGGAUAG